GGCACGUAACAAUAUACUAGAGUUCAGUGGUUUCAGCGCCCUGUGAAGUCUCUGCUAUUAAAAAAAAAAGACUUUGUUGUGAAAUGGGGUAGGUGAACGAUAAAACGUCAACCUGCCUAUUUGACACUUGAAGGUGAUAAACAAAUUAAGUGAUGUCGUUACUUCAAAAUACUUGUGAAUACAGAAAAAACAAGUUCCACGAAUCAAAACAAAGCUUUCGAUAACAUAUUAUACGCGUAUAACUUAACCUACGUUAGAACUAACUAUAUACACAUGAGUCAGCUGUUUAAUAAACACGGAAUUAUUUAUUAUUAUGAUUAAUGAAUUUUGAAUUGAGUGUAUAAUAAAAGGUGCAAUUUAUAAAUAUUGUCAAUUUAGUGAAUUAUACAAUAAUGCGUCUCAGUUAGCAUGAUGCCUCAGUUAAAAGGAUUGCCAGUUUUUAUUUUUCCACAUAGUAUUAAAUUUUAUAUGGAUGAUCAAUCCUCUCAUAAACAAGUUUUAACUCUAUACAAUCCCUACGAUUUUCGUCUAAAAUUUCAAGUUUGUCUUGAAAAAUCCGCACAACGUGAUAAAUAUACAGUUGUCGAUUCAGAGGGAACAAUAAAGGCAAAAUGUUGUAUCGAUAUUGUAAUUCGACAUAUUUCAGCUGUUCCGUCCAACUGCAAUGUUGUCGAUAGAUUCAGCAUAGAUGUGGAAGCAUAUCCAACGAAAAUGUUUGCUGGUAGACAAAUAGUUAUAGCAACAUUGCUCAGUACCAAAGAAAAUGUCGGAAGAGAAACCCCGGAUAUUGAUACAUUUCAACAGUUUCCAAGAAGCGAAACGAAACAUCAACAGUCAUCGUAUGCAUUAAUUGCACAAAAUCGAUCUGUCGAUAGAGGAACGAAUUACGUGGCACUAAUGGCAGCUCUAAUUUGCAUGGUCGGAUUAUUUCUUCCCACUGAAGGUGAUAAAAAUUCUAAUAUACCUGAGUACCUUCAUUUAACGAUAAAUUUUAAAAUUAUCCUUGCAUUUGUACUAGGAAUGGUGACUAUCAUUACAUUAAGGCUUUAAUGUAACGAUAAAUUGAAAUUAAUUGAAAUAUAAUUUAUAAAUGGGAUAAUAUGAACAAAAUUUAUAUUCACUUUUAGUUAUAAGUUAACUGAAAUUUUUCAGUUGAUAUUAAAUCCCAUCUCAUUAAUCUCAGGUAUCAAAUAAAAUUAAGAUAUCUCAAAAUUUUUUAAACAUCGAUUUUAAAAAGCUUAUUCCCCUUUCUCGACUGAUAAAAUAAAUUUAUUCUAUAACAAUUAAAUGAAUAUUUAUAUAUGUAUAUUAUAUUAUAUAACUUAAUCGUAAUUAUUUUAUGUGCUGACUGUUAAUAUUUAUAAUAUUGUCAUGUUUUUUUUUAUACAUGUAUUUGAUCUCUAGAAUAAUAUAUUAUAUAAUAUUGUGAGAAAUAUUUCACGUCAAUGUACACUGUACAAAGUUUGUUUUAAGUUUCAGUCAUCGAAAGAAAAAUUGUCUCAGCGUAAUAUAUAUAUACUAUACAAAGUUUAUCUACGGUUCAGGGAAUACUUGACAAUGAUAUUUUUAUCGAUAUAUACAUAUAAUCAAAUAAAGAAUUUUCAUUUGCUUCGAUAUAUAUAUGAAAAAUGAAAAAAAAAAUCACAAAUCA